GUGCUCAGCUCCAUGUGUACUGAGGGUGACCUGUUGGAUCUCUGCUUCAGUCUCCUGCAGCCGUACCAGCUUCUGUCCGUGGAGCUGCCUGAAGGACCCCAAGGAUCCCACACCACCACCACCGGGACGUCCUGGGCAGACGCCUGUGUGUACGAGUGCGCCCGCGGCCGCCUCCAACGUCUCUCGGUGACCCGUAUCCCCCUCUCCUCGCGCCCCGUCUCCUGCUGUCGCCACCCCUCCUCAACCACCCUGCUACUGGGCCUCAGCGACUCCUCUCUGGUCCUCUACGAUGAGAGGAGAGGGGUGUCGCUGCUCGCCCCCUGCCCCAUCCCGCCCGUCCUGGUGGCCUGGCACCCUGCAGGGGGGGUGGUGGUGGUGGGGGGAGGCCAGGGGGAACUGAUGGUUCUGGAUCUUGGCUUGGCUCCCCUAGGGUUGACCCUAGUGGGAGAGGACCCAUCCCCAGCCACCACCACUCUGAGGCUUGCCCAGCAUCUGCGCUGUCCUGGGGGGCUGGAGGGGCUGCAGUGGGCUGGGGGGACGGGGCUGGAGGGAGCUGAUACACUGAUGCUGGCCUUCCAUGGAGGACCACUGGCCGCACUGAGAUUCAGACUGGGUGCUCUGUCAGGGGGUCAGCUGGGUCCGGGAGAGCUGUUGCAACAGAGGUUACGCUGUGGCCAGGUGGACCAGGCUCUAGGAAUUCUGGGAGCCAUGGAGUGGAGCACUAUGGGAACGGAGUGUUACCGGGCACUGACCUCUGUCACAGACUACCUGCUGAGGCUAGAGCUGGACCAGACCAGAGAGGCCCAGUUGGAGGCAGCUCUGGGUGUGUUCUACGCUCCGCCCCGCCCCCUCUCUGACUCGGUGGUUCUAGAAUACAGAGGGCCAAUCAGCAAGUACGCCCGACGCUUCUUCCACCACCUACUCAGGUAA